CGACGUAUCUACACCUACCCUUGUCGAUGUCCACAGAUCACCUCAGCUCACACACACGCACCUACGCACAUGCUUCAAUCCACACGUAUGUGGUCGGUCGGUCGGCUCAUCACAUACAUGGUCGGCAGCCGUGUGCCGUGCUGCGGUACAAGAUCUCUGCCGGCCAUCGCUCCCUCGCCACCUUGGAUAUCGGCAACGAGGGAGUGAUGACCGCGUGGAAUCUCACACCACAGCACAGCCGCCAUUGCAACUCCAAAUGCAAUGGAAUCCUCGCUCCAUAUCGACCGUAUUGCAGACACAUCCUUCACCAUUAUUGAUGCAUUUCACUGCUUGACGGCAAUGGCAUCGCUGGUCUGAUUCUGCCCGCGGCCCGAAACGUGUGAUGGUCUCUCGCGACGUCAGAGGAACCAUCAUCCGUUUCGGUCGGAGACUCAAAGCAGCCCAGCGGUGCCACGUCAGAAAACCGCCACACACAAAUAUAUACAUGGAGCGUCUCUCCCUCUCCAUCUCUCGUUGUCGCUGCCUAAGUCAUGUGGACGACAGGCUCUCGACAGGCCCCACCGGCACGAAGUCCUGAGGGUCGAACGGGGGCUCCUCCUCAUACUGACCGCUCGCCGCCGGCCAGUCCUUCUUGUGCUUCUUCGCAGGCACUGGCCGACCCACACCACCACCACCACCACUCACACGCCUGCAUGGCCACAGACACACACACACACAUAGGUCGAAGGCCCCCUUGUUCUUAAGAGGAGCGCAUGGCUUCCUACGUACCUUGGCAGCUGCAGCUUCAUGACGGGCCCCGUGUCGCCGUCUUUGUGGACGAAGGGGACGCCCGUCAGCUCGUGGCGUGUGAGGACGAUGUUCUGCUGGUCCGUUUGGGAGUCGUCACCAUGGUGGCGGAGGUCGGCCAGCACGCACACGUCGAACAGAGGCCAGUGGGGGAAGCCGCCAAGCCGAAACGCCUGCAUCAAUCAGAAGGCAAUGCAAUGGUGGGAGUGUGAGCGUGGCACACACGUGUGUGCCUCUGUGUGUUGUGUGUACCUUCCAUGGCUGUAUUGCGUCAGGGAGUGCGAGGUCGACCCCCCUGACCCCUCUGAAUGCCCCCUGGAUGGCCGUGUAGGCUUCUUGGAGGCUGUCGAACGUCUCCGGCGGCCGCCCCUUGCACCACUGCUCGUCCUUGACUAUCACCUGCACGUCGUCGCACGACGCCGUCAGGCUCGUCAGCCACACAUCGGUCAGCUUGGCCUCUUGUCCGCCAUCAGUCAGCACCACGUCGAUCUCCACUUGCAUGGGCAAAGUCAGCGGCAGCAGCGGCGCUACGCUCGGCAGAGUGACGUGCCGCCAGUCGUGUGCAGGGCCGGGCAGCACAUCGUCCCCACUGUGCGUGCGCUUGCCCACUGCUGCUCGGGAGCCCUGGCGGACCGUCCUGGCCUUCGCCUUGGCCUUCGGUCGGGCCGGCUUGGGCGGCGGAAACUGCUUCCUGAUCGUUCACACACACACACACACACACACACAGAGGGCAGAAAGGAUCAGGUGUCCAUCGGCUCGCCGAUGGCUGGGUUUGUGUGUGGAGGGUGUCUGUUUGUCUGUUUGUUCACACACUUAAGGAACUGGACGUGCUCCUUGAGCAUGGCGUUUGUGAGGGCGAAUGGGCGGUCGGUCAUCUUGCCCAGGGGCUCGAGCAGCUUCUUGAGGUACUGCAUGAAGGUCCCCUUGGCGUCGGCCUCCAGCUGCAGCCUCGCCGCCUCGCGGCUGUCCUCACCCUCCAGCGCAGUGCUGCACACACACACACAUAUACAAGGGCGGGAGAGAGAGGGAGGCACAUACAGACGUGUGGUCAGUGGUCAGUGGUCUCUGCCGUUUACUAGGCGUCUUUGAUGAUUCUAUGUAUCAGUUCCAGCUUCACGACCCACUGCCCGAUGCACUGCAGUGGGGAGGCAGUCAACGCAGGCUGACGACAGACACACACACACAUGCAUCACAUCAACGCACACAGAGGUAAUGCCGUGUGCUGCGUCACUUGCCUCUUUGCGUUUCUUGUUUGCAGCCGCCGUGGGUGUCUGGGGAAAGGCAGCGGUGGGGCUGCCCUGGGGGCUGGCUUCAUCCUGACGCGGCGAUGGCGACGGCUCAGGCGACGCGGCGCCGUCAAUCUCCAUCGGCACAGGCCCAUCACCUGCACCUGCCGCUCCUGCCGGCGCAGCUGCUGCCGGUGGGCUCGCCUCUCCCUCUCCCUGUCCCUCAGGUCUGUGUGGCGGGGGUGCCUCCGGUGCGGCCUUGGCGUUGGCGGUGGCCGCCUGCUGCCGCAGCCGGAAGUCAUCGAAUGCCUGCAGACAGACGCCACAACGCAACACACACAAGACACACAAGUUGUGGGACCGGCCGCAUGAGGGUGGUUGGUGGUGUAGUGUGUGGCCAGCUUGCUGGCACACUCAGGUACCUGUCUGAGUUCUAGUCUGUGUGUGGGGUCGUCGCCGAAGAGCUCCGACGAAAGGAUGUGCUGCUCACACUCCUCACGGAACACACGACCCAUCUGUGGGGUGUGGUGUGCAGGCAGGCCGCCCCGGCACACAGGAGUGGAUGUGUGUGUGUGUCUCUGUGUGUGUGUGCGGUGACCUUGAUCUUCUCGCUCAGGUAGUCAAUGCGCCACAAACGCUGCAGAUGUGCCAACAGAGAGAGAUGUGUGGAGUCGUUAAUGCGCCAGUGGCGCAUUGAGUGUCUGCCUGCGUACGUACGUCGAACUGUCGCUUCUUGAUGUCAGGGCACAUGUGUUUGACGGCGUGGAAGAGGUUGCGCCACACGUUGAUGCGCGCAGGGCUCUUGCCCUGACACACACACACACACACACACGGACACACACUCACACAAUGAAUGCAGUCCACUCCACCGAGGGGGUCGAGGGAGCAUGACGUGGUAGCUGGCUGACUUACAGCUUUGUCCCAGUGGAGGGCCAGCACAGACACGUCGGUCUCGUGCAGCACUGCCUCUGCCAGGGCACCGAACUGACAGAGGGAGGAGGGGGGAUCUCAACCAUGGUUCUUCCUCUGCUUGUCUGUUGUUCUGUCUCACCUUCUGCUUGAUGUGCUGCAGGUGGUCGCGGGUAUCUGUUGCCGGCCGAGACACCACACACACAAAGACAGACACUUUGUCGACGGGCGAGCCGGUGUCUCUUCCCCUUCCUCCCUCCCUCACCCUCUAGCGCCUGCAGGUCCCGCGACAAAUCAGCGAAGAAGGCCUGGACGGUGGGCGUCGAAAACUGCACAAGGCGCGCAAUGGAACACGCAGUUGAGAACCCAACUCACCAUUGGGAUCCAUCGAGACCGUCUGUCUGUCUGCCCCGGUUACCGGCAUUCGGUCUAUCUGUUGGAAGUGCUGCCAUAGUGGGACGGUGAGCUGCCCGAGUGAGUCGAUGUCUCUCUGGAAGUCGUCAGCAGCGGCCUUCUCGGAGUCGCUCUCCUCGUCCGACGACCCUUGGCGGAAGAUGAAGUCGCUCGGGUCAUACAGCAGCUCCUCGUCAGUCUCUGCGCACGCGCCAACACACAUACAACACCGGUGGGGUGGGGUGGAUGGAUCUGUGCGAGACAGGUGUGGUCUGCGCCAAUUCACCAUUUCCUCACCGCUGUGUGUGCCCUCGUCGUCGUCAUUGUCUUGGCCGCCGCCAUUGUCUUUGUUGCCGUUCUUCUCGGCCCGCUCCCGCCGGUCCUUCUCGGCCUCCUCAAACUCAGCGCGCAAAUCGAACCCCAACUCAUGCACCUGACAACGGGACACAGGCACCGCACCGCACCGCGUGUGUGUCUGUGUGUCGAUGGUCUGUUGAGUUGACGCACCCACCUGUUCAGAGUCGUCGAUGAAGUCUCGGUCCACUUUGUUGACCCGGCCCUGCCUGAGCUCCCGGUAGUAGGAGGUGGGGUCGCACGCCAUGCUUGUGCGGUUCAGACGCUGCUCGAGAGACGCUAUCACGUCCUGCAAACGCGACUCGCCGAUGCCAAACAUACCCCAGCCCUCUUGCUGACACCACACACACACACAGAGAGAGAGAGACACACAUGGACAUACAAACAUGUCAGUCACCACACCAUGUGAAUGUGCCGACCGUCCCUCCCCAUCCCUACCUGCAUAAGCCGUCUCUGCGCCUCCAGCUCCUGUUUGUCGGCCCUCUUGGCAUCCUCCGCCCCACCCUGCUCCUUGUUCUUCCCCUCCCUCUCCAGCUGCUGCGCGAGGGCCUCCCGCUGCUCGCGAAGCUCACGCAGCUUCUUCUCUUCAGGCCGCUCGGGCACCUCCUCAUACGCCCCGCCCUCAUACUGCUCAGCCAGGGCGUCACGCACAGACACCACGAUGGGCUUGCCGUCUGCUGAUCGGAGGGGCCCGAGAUAGACGGGGCAGCCGCCCUUGAGCCGGGUUUUCUUGCGUGUGGUGAGCUCCUCCUCCUCCUCCUCCUCCUCCUCCUCUGGGCCCAUGUCGACCUCUUCUUCUUUGUCGUUGUCAUUGUCAUUGUCAUCCUCCUCCUCGUCAUUGUCAUUGUCAUUGUCGUCUCCCAUAUCCUCGUCCUGAGUCAAUCAAGUGCACACAACACACCAAUGCGUCCUGCUUCCCGAUACAUACCCUGUGUGUGUGUGUGUGUGUGUGUGUGUGUGUGUUCCGUGCGCUGGUUGCUUGUUCAUCGAUGCGGUUCGGUUCACCUCUUCGUCGUUGCUGUUGUGUGGCUCUUUCCCAUCAUGCUCGACGUCCAUCGGCCUGGCCUCUGGAGAGGCGCCUGGAGGCCAUUAAGCAAACAAGCAACACGGCCACAGGUAGAUCUGACGGCAUGAGUGAGUGACUGAUCUGGUACAGUGACUGACCUGCUGCUGCUGCUGCUGCUACCGCCGCCGCUGGUGGUUCUGCUGCUGGAGCAGGAUGCUCAGCAUUGUUGCCGGCGUCACGUGGCGACUCUCGUCGAGGCUCCUCCUGCUUCACAUCAGGUCAGUGCUGCUCCUGCCGCUGCUGCUGGUGGUGCUGCUGCUGCUCGUCACCGCUGUCCUUGUCCACAUCUAUGAUCUCUCUAUCACUCCCUGACCGCUCCCAGCCAUCUUUCACGAGAACCACCAUCA